UUCCGCCGCUCACUCCAUACCGGCCGCUCCAUCGCCGCCGCACGCUGACUCUCGCAGCUGUAGCGCAUCACUCGUGCACCGCAGAGCCCGCUUCUGCUCGCCGCCAUGGACGUGCCGCUCUCGGCCGACGUGCUCGACGUCGCCCUCCACCCGGCGCCCGAGACGCACCUGCUCGCCGCCGGCCUCAUCUCGGGCAAGGUGCAGCUCGUCGACUAUGCCGCACUCGUGCAGCGCACCGCGCAGCGCGACGCCGGCGCGGCGGAGAGCGACGACGAGGCUGCUGGCAGCUCGGCGGCCGGCGGCUCAGACUCCAGCGACGAUGACGACGACACGAGCGCACGCGGCAGCAGCAGCGCACCGCGCCGCCGCAAGCUGUAUGCCAAGCAGUGGGCCACGCGGCCGUCGGCCAAGUCGUGUCGCGGCGUCGCCUUUGCGCACGACGGCGCGCAUGUGUGGGCCGUGAGCAAGGACGGCGGCAUUGCGCAGCUCGACACCGAGAGCGGCAAGGUGGUGCGCUCGUGGCGCGGGCACCAUGCGGCGCCGUCGCGCAUCCUGCCAAUCUCCGCCUCGCUGCUCGCGACCGGCGACGACGAUGGCGUCGUGGCGUUGUGGGACCCACGCAAGCCGACCACGUCCAUCGCCUCGUCCUCUACCGCGCCCGCGAAUCCCGGCGACGUGAGCCGCGAAGCAGGCGCCGUGCGUGUCUACACGCACCACUUCGACUGGAUCACCGAACUGCUCUACAUGACGCACCUCGAGCAGCGGCGCGAGAAGAAGAAGACGAAGGAGGAGCUCGAGAAGGAGGCGCGCCGCGACGAGCGCAAGCAGCGCAAGCGCGAGAAGCGCGGCUGGACACAGAAGGAGGAUCCCGAGGCCGAGAGCAGCGCACAGGCCGGGCGGGAACGGCUGGUCGUCACCAGCGGCGACGGCACGCUGUCCGUCAUCGAUCCACGCGCCGGUGCGGCUGCGGUCGAGGUCAGCGAGGACCAGGAGGACGAGCUGUUGAGCGUGGCCAGCGUCAAGGGCGGCUCAAAACUCGUCGUCGGCACACAGCUCGGCAUGCUCUCGUUGUGGGCGCCGUCGCGCGGGCUGCUGGACCACGUCGACCGCAUCCCGGGCCAUCCGGCGUCGGUGGAUGCCAUCUGCGCGCUCGACGCCGACACGGUGCUCACGGGCUCGAGCGACGGCCUGGUGCGCGUCGUGCAGGUGCUGCCGCACAAGCUACUCGGCGUCGUCGCCGACCACGGCGGCCUGCCCGUCGAGCGCAUUACGCGCAAGGAGCGCUGGGUCGUCAGCAUCGGUCACGGGCCCGAGGCCCGCUUCACCGACGUUGGACCGCUGCUGGAACCCGACUCGGACGAGGACGAGGAGCAGAGCGGCGAGGAGAGCGACAGCGACAGCGAUGAAGAGGCAGACGCAGGGCCGGGCCUCGUCGGUGACCUCAGCGGCGACCUGUCUAUGCGCUCUGCAUCGCGCAAGGCAGACGAGGCAGACCACGAUGCCGCCGAGGCAGAAGAAGACGUCGACACGACGGACUCGGAGCCGCAGGACGACGACAGCAGCGCCGAGGAGCAGGAGCGCGCACUGCCGCCCAAGAAGCGCGCCAAGAUGCAGCUGCUGAGCCGCACGCAGCACAAGGGCAAGACCGAAGACGACGACUUCUUCGACGGCUUCUAGUGCAGCGACACACAAUGUGAACCCUCUAAUCCUCCUCUGUGCAACGCUGCAGG